AUGUCUCGUGCAAAGACUGCAGCUUCUUUGAAAAUCGUAAUAUGCAACGAUUUUGAUGAAUCGACAUGCACAAAUCUUACAGAAAAUGUUGUUUACGAUGAAAUCAUCAACAUGGAGGGACUAGUGUUGAUACCUGAUGUUACUACUGAGUUACCACGAUGGCGGUGCAAAGUUGUAGUGGUACAAAAACUUAAUACACAAGAAUCAAGGAGAACACCANGAACGUUUGCUGUAAACCAAGGGGUUCAACUUGAAUUACAACUUCGGCAAGGGAAAUUCCCCAUUAUACUUGCUGAAGGAUUGAACGUUAAUGCAUUCCAAGGGUUGUCACUGAGUACACUAUAUAACACAUCAAUUGAAGUUGAUCCUGUUGGCCACGUUGCAAAAGUCCUUAAUGAUUGGAAGGACAAAAACUCUGAACUCAUCUACAAGGAAAUUGUAGAUAAGACUUACCUUGAUUCAUUGCUUACAUUGGCAGACCCUAUAAGGCAACGAAAAACAUGCCUUUCAUCUCUUGAAACUGAAUUUGAACAAAAACCAAUUGCAUGGGUGAGAGGCAAAAUUAGAUUGCUUAAGCGUGAUGGUUUCGACUACUACGUUGGUUGCAAUUACUGCAACAAAAUAGUCCACUCAAUUGAAGGCUUACAACUCCACUGCAUGAACUGUGGACAAACUGAUGGCAUCACUGUCAGAAGGUAUAAGGUAGACAUAGAAAUAUUUGAUAACGUUGGAAGUGUACGCGCAACAAUGUUUAAUCAUGAGGUGCACCACCUAUUGUUACUGACGUCGUCCAACAUACCUACCUGUGAAAAUGAUGGUGCUAUGCUCCAACAAACACUUGAUAAUCUUGGGCUUAUGUUUGCUCUCAAGAAAAACACCAUAUUCAGUGAACAAAGAACAAAGUAUACAGUAGCGUGUCUGUGCAACGAUGUUCAGCUAGACUUAGGUGAAUCAAAUGAUGGUUUGUUUAGGCAAUCGUUGAUGCUAGGAAAUCCCACGAAAAGAAGGCUUGAUUUUAGCCAAUUAUCGGGAGAUAGUGUAGACGAUUCGCAAGCAAGCAGUCCACCAAAUGAUAAAGGGAAAAAGCCUAAAAUUGGUUGA